CCGCAACCCGGACAGAAACGCACGGCCGAGCGACCCACAAGAACCCCCUCCCCCGCCGUCUCGACGCUGCUCAACCGCCUGUUACGCACGCACACGUCCUAGGGGGAAGCGGUCCGCGCACCCGGGUUUAACGAUGAUCAAGAAAAUGUCGCCCUCCGAGAGCGACUUCGACAUCCCGGCGAAGAACUGCUACAGGAUGGUGAUUUUGGGAUCCACCAAAGUUGGCAAAACGGCCAUCGUGUCCCGGUUCCUGAACGGGAGGUUCGAAGAGCAGUACACGCCGACCAUCGAGGACUUUCACAGGAAACUGUACAGCAUCAAGGGAGACGUAUACCAGCUGGACAUUCUGGAUACAUCAGGGAACCACCCUUUCCCCGCCAUGAGGAGACUCUCCAUACUGACAGGCGACGUGUUCAUCCUCGUCUUCAGCCUGGACAACCGGGACUCCUUCCAGGAGGUGCAGCGGCUGAAGCGGCAGAUCUACGAGACCAAGUCGUGCCUGAAAAACAAGAUCAAAGAGAACAUCGACGUGCCUCUGGUCAUCUGCGGCAACAAGGGCGACAGAGAGUUCAACCGGGAGGUGCAGCCGGAGGAGAUCGAGCAGCUGGUGGCCGGGGACGACAAGUGCGCGUACUUCGAGAUCUCUGCCAAGCGCAACGAGAACGUGGAUAAGAUGUUUCAGACUCUGUUUACCUUGGCCAAGCUACCUCACGAAAUGAGCCCCGACCUGCACCGGAAAGUGUCCGUGCAGUACUGCGACAUGCUGCACAGAAAGUCUCUGAAAAACAAGAAGCUGAAGGACACCGGGGAGGCGUAUGGCGUGGUCACUCCGUGCGCGCGGAGACCCAGCGUGCACAGCGACCUCAUGUACAUUAAAGAGAAGGCGAUAGGCGGCGGCCAGGGCAAGGACAAGGAGCGGUGCGUGAUCAGUUAGGCUCAAUGCGAGGCACAAACUCGGCAGAGAUCUUUGCGAGAGGAAGGAGCCCUGGUGCGUCAGCUUGAGAAGCGACCCGUGCGGCCGGCUGCGCUCAGAACUAAACACCGGAGGUGUUGGGACGCCGCGGCCGCCGCCGGCGCGCUCCGGCGCAGCGCCGUCUCCAAGGACAAUGACUGGACACGCGAGGUCCGCCACAAACCACUACAAACACCGCCCACGAGACAUUUGAGAACGUUAGCUUGUUCCGUCCGUCAGAGCCCGACGUGCGACGCGGCUUCAAGCCGUGCGAGACUCGCGCAUCGCCGCGUAAAAAUGUGUUUUGUUGACGUCAUGCCUUUUUACAGAUGCCGGAGGAGAGAGAAACGAGACUCUUGGCUCAGCAGGUGCAAUGUGGGGGGAAAAUAAUGAUGUUUACAUCUCAUCCUAGAUUUUAUAAUGGCCGAGUGCACUUGAAUGUUUCGUUGCAAUCUGAACUAUUUUUUAUUGUGAAUGUAUAUUUAUUGUCAAUGUCGGUUUUUGCAAAGGAGUCAAAGAAAAUCUGGAAAUGUAAUAAAAAGAAGACGAACUACAAAUGA